AUGCUCCGGGAUCCCACCAAGUUCGACAAGUUUGCCAUGAAAAAGGUUCUUUACGCCUUCAACAACUCUACAGAUGCCCAGCGGACGUACAGAGAGGUCUCAUACCUCAUGGAGUUCGGCAGCCACACGAACAUUGUCUAUGUGCAUGAUGUGCUCGUAUCUGCGGAUGACAAGCAUCUCUACAUUGUCACAGACUUGAUGGAGUCUGACCUGUGCAGAGCUAUCAAGUGCAACUCUUUAGGCAUCGUGCACAAGUCCCUCAUCUCGUACCAAGUGCUUCGAGCUCUCAAGUACAUCCACUCGGCGGGAGUCAUGCACCGUGACCUGAAGCCCGGGAACAUCUUCGUGGACCGUUUUGGUGGGAGAUUUUGGGUUGGCCAGGUCCUCGUGUGGCCGGCAUGCAACUUUGCGGAAGAGUGCCCAGGUGCCCUGCUGUCCCAAGCGCUUCGCUUUGCGCAUAUCAAAAAGACUAGGCAAUGGCUGGUGGAGUGGUUGAUAUUUUGUUUCAGCAGCAUUCAGCAGGUGACCCAUGCGGACUCGGAAUCGGCGUGGAGCAAGCACCUUGGUGAGGACGCACGCUUACUGGACCUGAAGCGAGAGAUGAUGCUGGCAGGGAGAUCCGACAAGCAGUUCAUUUGGCAGACCUGCACCGGGCCACGACGGAUAGAGGACUGUCGCAUCUUCCAUUGUCGGCGUGGUGAUGUUGAUCGCGAAGUGUCUCUGGAUGCGCCAGAAGCUGUGGAAGGCAAGACCAGAAUAUGUGGUGUCAUCAGAGUUGGUGACGAGCUGAAUGGCCAUCCUGGCUUACUUCAUGGCGGGUUCUCGGCGGCUGUCAUCGACGACUUCACGGGUCUGGCGACCUGGAUAGAGAAGGAAGCACAGGACUUGGGCAAGGACGCAAAGAUCUUCACUGCCCAUCUUGAUCUUAGCUAUCGGCGGCCUUUGAAAUCCAAUGCCGAGUACUUGGUGGAGGUUUGCGUGGAUCGCGUUGAGCGCCAGAAGAAAGUGAUCCUGAAUGCUGCGAUCUACGACAACACUGACCAUGCGUGUGUCAAAGGCCGAUUGACCCCACCUCUGGAGAUGGAGUCAUGCUCGGCGCCCGGUGACAUGGCGACCAAAGCCACCAAGAGGUUGACGGACUACAUCGGUCCACGCUGGUACCGGAGCCCAGAGCAGCUGCUCGGUGCAAGGUGCUACUUCACAGCAGUGGACAUCUGGGCUUGGGGAUGCAUCGUUGCGGAGAUGCACCUCGGGAAACCCAUCCUCAAGGGCUCCUCCACUAUCGACAUGAUGCACAACAUCGUCGAGCUUCUGGGCACUCCCUUGGAGGCGGAUGUUGACGCCAUGCAAGCCCAGUAUGCGCACAUGUCCCUUCAGCAGCUGCCCAUUUCUCUGCCGACCGUGGCUUUCGCGGAGAUCAUCCCAGACUGUUCGCAAGUUCUCUGCGAUCUUCUGGAGCUCUGCUUCCAGUGGAAUCCGAUGAAACGGCUGACUGCGGUGGAGGCACUGCGGCAUCCGUUUCUGUCGGCAUUUCACGAUCCGGAUGCAGAACCUGUGUUCGGCCAUCGGCUUGAACUUACACUGCCAGACGGCCACAAGUUCUCGACGUCGCAGUAUCGCGAUCAGAUGUAUGCAGACAUCAUCGGGCUUGAGAAAUCCAAGCUUCGUGUGGACGAAACCAGAAAAGCUCAAGCUCUCCUGGAGGCCAUGGAAGAGCAAGACAUUCCCUGA